CGUCCAUUUGAUUCGAAACCGGUUCGACCACCCUCACCGGUCACUAAGCGCCGGCAUCGAAGCUUUUGGAACCCCCGAAACUUCAGGACUAAGGCGCUUACAAUUUGAGCAUGGGAAGCUGCAGUGCCUGAUUCAACUGGCUUCUUGAGGGAUUGACCGCGGUGAUUCAGUGAUUCAGCCCGUUUGCGCGCGCGCUAAGUGUGGAUGGCAUCCUCGGCAGUGGACCAGAAGGCUCUGGGCAACUUUGCCGCCGUCACGAGCCAUGAGAACCCGUUCUUGUCGGCGAUGCUGUACAAGAUCCUAGGGCUGUCCGUCAUGCUAUCCCGGAAGCUGCUGCGUGCCCGUCGAUUACGGAAACUGGAUCCGACGCGUGAAACCAAAUCACUACAGCUGUACCAUCACAUCAUCUGGUUGUCGCGCGAGGGCCUCCUCUUACUGGAGGAAUACAUCCUGCCCAUGGUAGAGACCUACGUCGAGCUCAAGGUGUUGACGUACAAACUGCGUGCCUCAUUCUAUCACAUUUUCGUCCUCUUCCACAACCAGCCGGCGAUUCACCCGCCGGGGAUCUUCAGCCUACCGGCCCCGAGUCUUGUCGGGGCAAUGGGGGCAGAGUCGAUCUCAAUAACCCCGCCACUUCUAUCUACGACAAACCCUCUCCCUCAACCUCGUCAUCAUCAUCCUCCCGGUCUGGGUCCCGUGCAACCGCCGAGAUCGGCCUCGUCAUUCCUGCUGCCCGGGCUAGACUACACGCCGACGGCGACGGCGUGUUUCAAUCACGCCGCAGUGCUGGCCGACAAAAUGCUACCCGGCUCGCACCCGCUCCGGCUGUCCGUGAAACUCGAGUACGCGGCGUACCUGUACGACUGCCUGCACGACUCGGACGCGUGCCGGCGCCUGGCCAAGCAGGCGAUCGCAGACGUGUACAACGCGCAGGAAGGCAUGGACGAUGAGAGCUUCGAGGACGCGGCCGAGAUCGUCGGCAUCCUAGGCAAGAUGGUCAAGCGUGGGGGCAAGACCAGCAGCGCAGGCGGUGGCAGCAGUAGCACCACGGCCGGGGAUGAUAGCCGCAGCGUCUCAACCAAGCACGACACCCGCCUGACGACACCGACUCGCGAGCUGAAGCCGACGGGCAGCACGGCGGGCAGUGGGGAUCUGGCGCCGGCAGUUCCGGACCCGACCAUGAUGAAUCCGAUCUAAUGACUUUCUUUUAUCCUUUCCUUUUCCUUUUUCCUUGUUUCUGGUUCAUGUAUCUGUUUGGUUUUGUUGAUACCUAGAUGUUGACUUGGGUUGGAUGUAUGAUUUAGCUGUAUUUACGUCUAAUAUGUAUUUUCAUAGAAAUCACCAUAUUUCUACCUGGUA